AUGCCGUCAAUACCCAUACGCAUCGCCCCCUCCCCACCAACUCCACUCCCCACCGAAAACCCUCUCCCCCAAAUCCUCCAUACACCCUCCGGCUUAGCCCUCCUCGAAAUUCAAGGCACAGUCCAUUUUCCAGCACCCACCUCCUCUCAACCCUCCACUCAAAUCGGCAAACUCGUGUUUCCCCACUACAACCCAGACAUCAACGACCCGAGUGACACCAAAUGGAUGAAGCGCGUGUACAUGUAUAUCGGCAAGGGACAACGGAUGACAGGCGAGUGUAAAAAGUUGCCAAAUCCGAUUGCCGUGCUGCGUAAGAGGGUGAGGGAGGGUGGAGAGGAUGUGGAUAUGGGAGGAACAGAGGCGGAGGGUGAGGGGAAUGGGGGAAAAGAGGAGGAGCUGGAGAUUGUGGAGGUAGUAAGGUAUCGGGUUGUUUUUUCGGCCAGACCCGAACCGAUUACUGGUGUUGCUGAGGUGUCGUGA